AUGGUACAGUUAUUUUUAACUGUACUAACUGUACCAGAUUCUUUCAAAUCAAACAUGUGCGAAGUGUGCAUAUAAAUUACGGCGAGGAAGCAGAAGAGAAAACAUACUAUGAAAGAGAGAUCAGAGAGAUACACACAAUUACAUAACACAUCCCUGCCGUGCUGUGAGGUAGCUGUGACUUUCGAGAGGUGGAAUCAACUGAUCAGGGCAAAGAAGUUGGAGAUGAGUGAUUUUCUUAAACUUGAGGAUUUGGUCAAAGAGUUGCGCAUUGACAUUGACAAAACCUUGGAGCCUGAGCUUGAUGCUCGUCAGUGUUGUAUUUAUAGGGUUCCUAAAGAUCUUCGUAGCUUAAAUGAAGAAGCCUACACUCCUCAAUUAGUUUCAAUAGGUCCUCUUCACCAUGUAAAAGAAAAAUUAGCUAACAUGGAAAAGACAGAAAGAAAAUAUAUGAAAAGUUUUCUUGAACGAAUAACAACAAAAAAUCGAGAUAAUGUUUUAAACUUCAUCAAGGAUAACGAGAAAAGUGUCCGUAAUUGUUAUGCAGUGACGUCUAAACUUGGGAGCAUUGAGUAUGUAAUGAUGAUGUUAUAUGAUGCUAUCUUUAUCAUAGAGUUAUUUUUAAGGUAUCAAUCCAAUUUUGGUGGAAGUGAUUUAUUACUACAAGUAAGAAGAGUAAGAUCAUCUUUACGUAAUGACUUUCAAUUGCUCGAAAAUCAACUUCCAUACUUCAUCCUCGAGGAAAUAUGUGAGUUAGCUCUCGCAGGCCUUAGCAUGCCUACCUUCAUGGUGCUUUCACAUCGUUUUUUUAAUACUUCUAAUUCGAAAUUGAGUAUGUUAACCCCCCAGGUUGCAGUUAAACAUUUAACCGAUUGGAGAAGAACUACUAUACUGGAACACUACCAAAAGUCUGAGCAAAUCGACAGACAGGGUUAUUAUCUACCUUCUGCAAUGAAAUUGCAUGAGUCAGGAGUGAAGUUUAAGUGUUUUGAAGGAGAAAAUAGCUUAAUUGACAUAAGAUUUGAAAAACGAAAGCAACGUGUCCCAUGUUUUGAAGAACAUGAGUUGCAAAUACCACAUUUAAAAUUAUCAGAUGACAUUGAAUAUCUACUUAGAAACGUUAUGGCUUUUGAACAGUGUCAUUAUCCAUAUGAUACUCAAGUUUGCAAUUACGUUAGUCUAAUAGAUGGUCUUAUUGAUAAUGAAAAAGAUGUAGAAUUGCUUGUUGAAAAUGGAAUUAUUUCCAAUGGAUUGGGCAACAAUGCUUCGGUAGCAAAUAUGUUUAACAAACUUUGCCUAUUUGUCAAUUUAGGUGAAUCCUCUUACUGUGACUUUUGUGAGGAACGCAAGAGACGUUGUAACAAUCCAUGGAUUAUAACAAAAGCAACUUUGAAAAGAGUGUAUUUCAACAAUCUUUGGUGAGGCACAGCAACUGUUGCAGCGGUUAUACUCCUAUUGCUCACUAUCAUACAAACCAUAUGUUCUAUCUUGCAAGUUGUGUUUAUGUAAUUUAUAUUUGCAAGUUGUGUGAUUGUAAUGUAAUUUUGUAUUGAAGCUUGUUGUCUUAAUAAUGUAAAA